UCCCUUGCUAUAAUUACUGUAGUUCAUUUGUGGCACCAGCUUGCAAUGGACGGUGACACGGUCACACCCGAGUCGCAUGAGCUACGCAUCCCUGUGGACGACACAGAUGGUGGAACUGAACAUGAGGGACAGCAGACGGCCCAGACGGAGAAGAACGACGGUGAAGCCGAUGGUGGGAAGCCGAUGGCCCAUCCCCCUGCAGACGUCAACCUGAACUUCAACUCGCUCUAUGAGGAGGUGUCCAGUUUAAUGGUUCAGCUGCAGGCAGCACAUCGGCUUUUGCAGGAAGCUCAUCAGAAGGACAUUUCGCGACGAAGGAAGAAGCUGCGACCGCCCAGGGAGCCCAAGCGUAGGAGGAGUUUGAGCGAGACUGAAGAUGUCAAUGCAGCGAAUACAGUGGUCGAGGACAAGCCCCGCCACAAGCAUGAGCACAGUGGAGCCGGACGCUCUUCGACAGUUGCAGGAGAUACGUCGUCUUCAGAUGAAGGAGGUGAAUGUUGGUUGAAGAAAUGCUGCAAGUCAUAUGAAAAAAGAGUCCGGGACACCUACAAGGAGUUCUGUCCAGAACCGGGGAUGCAGGAUGAGAACGAGAAGAAGGCGAAAAAGAAGCAGGAGGAGCAGCGGUUGAAAGACACAUGGCGAGCACGAUCUGCAGACCGCUUGGGACUACACUGGCUACAUAUGUUGGGGGCUUUUGCAGACAGCUUCGCCUUCAAGGUGCUAGCCAAGCGGUUAGGUCUUUAUACUGCUGUUUAGAACAGGCCAAGCACAGAUUUCAUCGCAGACAUUGCACCAGUAUGAAGAAUCCUGGCAAGUAACAUCAAGUAACGUUUGCAAGAGAUGCCGAAAACAAACAAUAGCAAAGGGUGAAUCAAGAGAAGGCUUCGUACCAAGUGCGUUUAAAAUUUUCCGCGACGGGUACCAAGUGCGUUUAAAAUUUUCCGCGACGGUGCGUGCUUCGAAGGCACAAACACAACAAAGCCCUUGCAUGCAUUCGUGUGCAAGCACGUCGCCGGGUUGGCUUGUUUUGUUGGAUGUUUGUGACCAGAAGGUUGUGCCCUGAGCGCAGUUUGCGACACUUUCGAAAGCGUGAAAACGCACUAGCGGCGCACAUCCUUCAAACACGGGUUGAAAUCCUUACAGCGCUAUGUUUUUGUGUGCAUCAGGGUGAUGGCACAGACAUAUUGACACUUGGAAGGCCAGUAUGUGCAGAUGUUUGCCAUCGGCUCAGAAAUUAGCAAGUGGCAGUUGGCAGUUCCUGGCUCGAGAAUGCAGG